AUGGCUAGCACCGAUAGCACGGCUACUUCUGGGACAAUAUUUGCACCUCCAAUCUGGAAGCCAAAUCAGGCUAGGUCGCAAGAGCAAAAUGUUGCAAGUUUUCGAGUCUAUGCUAUGAGUAUGACAAUGAAGAUGGACAGUCAUCUGAAAUUGUUAGAACAAGGAAUGUCAAAAGCGGAGAACAGUGAUGAAGCUAAAAAGAAAAGCAAGAAAGGUGAUGAGACAAAAGAUCAGGGAGUGGAAAGUAAGGGAAAAGCUGAGACCAAGGAAGAUGUCGAGAAGGAAGCAGCAGAGCCAAAAGAAGGAGGCGAAGAAUCUGAAGAAGACGAAGAUGAAUCUGAAGAAGAUGAGGAGACUGAUAAAGAUGGGGAAAGUGAUGUGGAUUCUGAUUCUAAGAGUGAGAGGAUGGAAAAACUGGUUGCAGACCCAGAGGAUGCGGAUGAUGAAUCUAAGAGCACUGAUGAUGGUGAUAGUGGUUCGGCCUCUGAUUCUGGGAAUUGUGUGGAAGGAAAUCGCGAAACAAGCGAAGACUCUUCUAUGUUACGCAUGAAAAUUUCUGAUUAA